UGUUGGUGUGCGUUCCGUUUACUCCUGCCUUGUUUUGUCUUUCCGCCUGUCGAACAAAAGCAUUUAUCAGACGAUCUGAGGCCAGCUUGUCGUAAGCCAAUGCAGGCCUUUAACUCGCACGAUGAGCUCAAAAGUUUACAAGUCUGAGAAACCGAAGUUGAAAUUCGCCCAGUCAAAUAUCAAUCAUGUAUACCGAGGCAAUACAACGGAAACACAGUACAAGCCCACGGUUCGACAGUAUGGGAUGCAAGUUGUUGGAAAGCUCCAAGGAACUCGCCGCCUGCCACCUCCAGCUUGGGUCCCUAGUAUUAAGGCCGAAAGUGGUGGACUUGACAGCCGGGUCGCGCUGGUUCCCCCGGGUGGGAGUGGGUGGGGUGCACCUGCAACCAGUGAAUCUGCACCAACCCAGGCUAGUAGUUCUACGACCACGGAGGUGGGCAGCCCUGCGGUCACGACUGCACUUUCCUCCAUGAACGGGACUCUAAUGCGCGAUGCUCUCGGCACUUCUUUUGAACCUGCUUAUGCACGAUCGCAUUUUGGACCCGCUACAUCUACCACAGUUGCUUCCGCUGUGGAACCAACCAUUACAAAAAGCCUUAACGCGUGGACGGCGUUAACAGAAGAGGGCAAAGUGGUUACCGAACACCGGGACACGGAAAUGAUAAGUACUCCUGGCACAGGUACCGGAGAAGAGACAACUACAACACUACCACCGUGGGCUCCACGAACCCAAGCUACUGGUGGUCUUGCGGCGAACAAACCGUUCUUCCAAAGACCAACCCCGGUUGCAAGCUCGUCGGUUAAUGCGACCAGUUCAACGAAAUCCACAGAGCGACCAUCGGUUUCCGGCGCCAGCGGUGUUACAAGUGAUAUAGUGGGAGAGUCAGGUGGUUGGGCUGGUAUCAAUGAAGAAGAGCCCAAUUUUGACGAACAAAUAAUUUUCAGUGACGAGGAGGGUCCUGAUGAAAUCAGAGUCAAAUCCGCCGUAACUGAGGAACAGACACGCGUUGGCGGUUCUGUUAGCCCCGCCACCCCUGCCCGUGUUUCUCCUCCGAAAUCUCUCCAAACUAACACCACACAUGCCAGUCAGUUGGUUUUACCGAAGCAAGAACCGCUUGGAGGCCAUACCUCAGUUUUUGCUCCUGUGUCUUCGAACAUGUAUGAUUCAACCAGUCGCGUAUCUUCAGACGUUUGGUCUGCCCCGAACGUUACAGCCGGACUUCCCAUUCCGUCUAGUCACUCACUGAUUCAACUUCCUAACGCGGCACCGUAUAGUGCAGGACAACUGAUCUCUGGAGUUAAUACCAGUUCGGAUGAGCGGGUACUGUUCGGCAGUCAUCAAUACAUGCAGCAUCACGCUGUACCCACGGUCCAUACAUUACCCUCAGUAUUUCCUGACCCUUACCUCUCCAGUCGACCAAAUACGAUGGUUGAUCCAAUUUUACCAACGGGAGAUGUUGACAGUGAACUCCACGCCCAACGCCAGGCACGCACGCAAGAAUUCAAGUCUGCGGUUGAAAGGGCUCAGCAAGCACGAGCUGCUAGACAGGCAAUAGAUAACUAUAAUACAGAAGGUGACUCCUUGAUCCAGCGGUCGGUUGUCAAUCUAAUUUCGGACUCUACCGACGGACACACGUCCGCCGCACUUACCACUUCUUCAAACAUAUUACUGCCUCAGAGUCUCCAUGGGGUGCAACCUCUGCUAGGAAGUGUGCUUUCAUCACAGUUGCUAUCACCCUACCAACAAGGUGCGGCACCCAAUCGCUCGGACCUGGCCGCUGCCAUGGCUGCCGCUACUGCGGUUGCGAUGGCUUGUAAUGGUGCAGGCGUCACAACUUCGUUAAGGUCGAGUGGAUCAACAAUACUCAAGUCUGUACCAAUACACCAAACGCCUCAUUCAACUAUCAAUUCAACUAUAGCAGCUUCUUGGCACAACCCGUUUUCCACACCUUCCACAACUGCCCAGUCUUCCGGAAUCUACACAGUGCGCCAAUCCACCUUACCUCAAGUCAUUCAGAGCACCUUAGCUAUGACCUCCGGCGGUCCGCAGGGGUCACACCAGAAUCCUAUGUAUUUGGAUCCUGACUUUGUUGAACGGGUUUUAGAGAUUCUGAACCACCAGCAAGUUAGCCUGCCAACUGCAGACCAACACCCUCCGUCGAACCUAACUACAUCACCCCUGGAUGCUGGAAUAUCGUCCACUACCACUGAGAACAUAUCUAUUGAUAAGCCUACUUCCCAAAGUGAGCUUACCCCUAGAGAAGCAGUUCGUAAGUCAAGUGAAGCUAAUACCGGGGAACUGGACAGUUCAAGCUUGAAAGUGAACUCUAGAAGUGACACACAGAUUGCGGGACACUUGCCAGCUCAUCAAACAGCUGCUCAAUUCGCACCGUCUGGCGAAAAGAGCAACCCGGAAAAGGCAGUCAGUAAAGCGGAAGGCAAGCGCAUACCAGGUCUGAUGGAUGUGAAAGUAUCCUCAUCACGAAACUUCAAUUUAAGUUGGGAUGAAGAUGAUCAUUUGUCUUCUAGUAUGGGAGCGCGUGGUCGUGUCAAACCGUUUGUCCCAGACAGGUCCCGUGGAGCUGGUCGUGGAAGGCGCCCUGUUGGUCGUUUUCCUAAUGAUGAUAGCAAGAUCAACAGGACCAGGUCAUCAGGACCAGUUGAAGACCAUGAAGGUAGAUCCCAUGGACUCCACUACGGUGCUUACCCAGAUCGGCAUCAUGGUUCGCGUCAACGCAACUGGCAGCCCUCGAAGCUACAUUCCUCACAGGGUCUCAGUUCUGGUACGAAAUCUGAGCACAAUCCGACUGGUGUUUGUCUCGAUGCGGAGCCUGGUAGCAAUCUACUAGUGGAUGCUGAGCUAGGCCGCAAUGUUCCUUCCCAAAUGGAUUUUCCACAAGACGCAGAAGUGGAUGAUGAAAGCGACGAGAUGGAGGAGCCAACAGAACUUGUUGAGACUCACGAUGCACGCGGAAAAGGCACCGCCACACGGCAUUCUGAUAACGCGACCCACACUGAAUCGAACGCACCAAAUUCAAAACAGCGCCGCGGAUCUCUGGAACCUGCCGAUACGGGUACUUUUGCUGAUCGUCAGGACCAUCCUCGUCGUGCUGAACGAGGACGACGGGGACGCGGCGCUUCCAGUUCUUACUACCCAAGUUCUCGGACAUUCAGCAACGAAGAUGCGGUGGUGUACUCUGGUCACCAUAUGGAACCCAAACCCUAUUCUCGUGCAUCGCGUGGCAUAACUUUCACCAGAGGACAUCGUGCUCUCGUCAACUCCGCCACAGCAUCGGAUUCUCGUGGAAGGCGGGCAUUAGAAGAACCGCGUAAUCGAGGACCGGACCGAGAUUUCCGAGGUACGUAUUCUUACGGAAGUGGCUAUCCAUCAAUGCGAACUGCACGUGGCUCAGUUUAUUAUGAUUCUGAGGGCUGUGAGCAGGUUAACUCGUUUGAUCCCUGCUCUCGAUCCAACGCGGCUGCUCAGGAUGCUCGUCGUCACCAGUCCUACAAGUCCCGCCCCUCAACGGGAACUUCCCACUUCACAAAUGAUGUUCGGCGCGAUGAUCACUUUAGUGAUGGGGAACAAGGUGGUGGGGGUCGGAAACACGCACGAAUUCUUCGUAAUCGAAGUCACGAGGGACCAAGACAUACUUUCAAGAGUUCCGCGCAGAGAUUCGCCACGGAACGUGAACGACAAAAGCACGAAUCGGAAGAUAAUGCAACUGUGGAGGAUAGGCCGGAAAUGACAUCUCUAGAUAUGCCCAUUCUGACGGAUUACGGGGACAAUGACAUACCGACAGUUCGAGUUCCAGCAGCAGAUAUGGGAUUCAACCCGCGCCCACAGUAUACAUACCCUCGAGUUGGUCGCUCAGGAACCUUCCCACGUGGAAGUGGAUCUCGGAGGAAUCCUAACCGUGUGACCACACUUCAACAAAACAAGCGUGCCCCUGGUUCCAAUGUUUCUGGAUCUCGCCGUUACCGUGAUCAACGUGAUCGGUACCAUGAUGGUAAAGAUGGGGAUGGAGGUGCAGCUGCUGGAGGAACAGGUCGAUCAACCAUGGGUGGUGACUCCACCGGGGGCAGCGGGCAGAGUGAUGGCUCACGUCGGAAUGGUUGCGAAAACGUGGGCGGUAAUCAAAAUUCUGGUGGCAACCGCGAGGCUGGUGCGUCCGAUGGUUCUCUUCUUGGUCAGAAUCUCGAGGAAACAGAGAAGACAGUAGGCGAGUCGGAAUCUCAGUCCGUCAAUUUCAGCUCGACAGAUCAUACAAACCACAACUACGUAGAGAGAUCAGGCGACGCACGUAUUGUUCAGAAUCGUCACCCUGAAUUUGUCUCUCGAGGACUUUUAAGUGACGUUAACGACAUUGACGAAUGGGAAACCGCCACAGAAGGCUCGACUGAUCCGGAGAGUGCAUCAAGCACCCUACCUACUCCAAAUCCGACUGUGGCCUCUGUGACUUACAAUAUUAGCGAACUUUCGGCGGUCGUUGAAAGCCACCCACUGGUCAGCGUUGAACCUGACGCUUCCCAGCCUGUAUUUGGUCUGUCCACUAAUUCGUCGAACGAAGCCACUGUUGUAGGUGAUGGCAUGCAUGCCGUUCCUCCAGAUGCCAGCAUCCCGGUUGUCUCAGGUGACAAUGACGAAGUCACAUCAAUACCCAGCAUUACACAUCCAGCCAGUCAGACCACCGGCGAAUUAUCUGGCUGUCAACUGCCUGGACCAGACAGAUAUCCUCACGACCGUCGUGGUAACGGUGAUGGCAGUGGAGGCACCACCGGCGGUACUGAUACACAUGGCUCCCGUGGUCGGGGUUAUCAAGCAGGUUCCCGUUCUGGGAGGACGUACAUUUCAGUUUCUGGUGGAAGGUCAAGCGCUGGACAAAGGUUCCAAAAAUCCAGCACGAGUCGAUACCACCAAGCAGACUAUUCAAACAGACGCACCAGUGUUCCUUCCAUACCACCGUUAAUGUCACUCAAACCGCAUGGCCCUUUCACACAUACUUCACAAACACCUGAGUCGAAAGUAAACAUGAACCCCAAACCCCAGCUCUCCGAAGACCCAUCUAUAAAAACUACCACAGAAAAAGUCGAGGGUGGUUUUCAUUGUGGUCCGAAUAAGGCCCAAACAUCCCCAGACCCAAACGAAUACGACUCCGACCAAGAUAGUAUUCUCUCGGACGGAUUCACUAAAGUAAUAUCAAAGGCCAGUAAAAAGUUGGCACGUCGCCGAUUGAAACAAGAGUUUUCCGCUAGUGCUAAGCCAUCGAUUCGGCGGGAUAAUGACUCUUCAAAGCCCUCCCAAACAGUUCAACCGAAUGACAAGGGGCGAGAACAUUCUUUGAGCCAGACAACUACUAGACUCCGGUACUCUGCUAGCGGACAAAAUAAACCUCUCCAGAAGACUAAACCGCUCUUGGUGAAGCCAACAUUUAUGGGUCCACCGUUAAGUUCAGUAAGCAUGAAUUCGACCGGUGAAACCGCUGUCAGCAGGAGCAAAGCGACAAAUACCAACGAGAACACUACUGUUUCCCAUACUACCAAGGCCUGGGUCACGGCCGCUCCAACUCAGUUCACCACUGGAACAUCCGACUGUACUCAAGCCAAGAUGUCCACAGCCCGUCCUUGGUCUAAAGUGGUGGGAACUAAGUCCUCUUCUGCAUCGUCUGCAGUUGUGAAAAGUGAAAGUCGGACAAUUUCCAGCGUCUCAAGUUUUGAGCGCGCGGUCGAUGCCGAUUGGUCAACUGACCUGAAACAUACAGAUUCUACGUCAGCCCAACCAGAAGACGGCGACUCAAUAAACGCUCUUCUUCCGCAAAGUAAAGAUCUACAGCUUGUUAUGGUGGAGACAACAGAAACGGUGGAUGCUGAAACUUACACCUCGGCACGCCAGUUUUGGUCACCAACGAAGGAGCAGAAUGAUGAGAAGUCUACCGCCAAGGCGGUUGUGGCAGUACAUCCAAGCAACACAUGUACUCCUGUAGCAGUCUCGUCCACUGGUAUAGUUAGUAGUACACUUACUGGUUCGACUGUUUCUGUGAGUGUGUCCACCGUUUCCAAUAACAUCUGUAAAGUCCGGCCGCAGCAACAGCAACCUGUGGUACAGAGCAGUCCAGGUAAUUCUGGAAUGCUAACUGCCAACCCACCGUUACCCACAGUUGCACCAGUCAGUCCAAACAGUACUACGAAUGAACAUCUCCCAGCUGGCCCAAAUUGCGCUUCUGAAACCUCGACUGAUCCCGAGAGGACCGAAUGUGAUUAUGAGGAAAGCGCUAAUCAGCCCCACGCUGUUCGUCGUUUGCCCACCGAAGGUGCUUUUCUCGUGGUUCCUCAUCCUCCCAAUCGUCCUAUUUCCAGCUCCUGGACAGAUAAUGUUACAUCUCAACUGCAAGCCAACUAUUACCCCAACAGACCAGGUGCUCUUCCACUAGCAAGUAGCAUGGACAGCUCUUUUUCUGCUAAUAUAUGGCCGACUAGCGAUCAGGCUCUGGACAGUUACGGCAAUCGUUUGGCGGGUGUCGGAGGUUCAGCUGUCAAUCAAGCCUUCUCCCAGGUCCAUGGUUCGGAUGUUCUAUCCAACCUACUCACAGGACCCAAUGCACCGUCCCUCUGCGUUGACCCCUCUAACAAGUCCCAGCAAUCGAUUGCACUGGUUCCUCGUAGCCACUCUUACUCUGUACAGCCCUACGGACCUUCAGUCGUUUCCUCUAGUGAACUACAUAACUACGGUGGAUUAUAUAGUGGCGAAGCGAACAAACUCUCUUCAUCACAUUCGGUCCCUCAGUCACAAGCUGCGGCUUUUGCCAGCGCAGCAGGAUCCGUUUUCGUCCCGCCUCAGCAACAACAGUCCGCCGGUCAUCAGGCUCAGUCAGCUCAUUCUUUUCCCACCAAUUGGACCUUGCCUUCAAGCCAGCAGCGGUACCGCCAACGGUUCCCGCAAGUUGAGCCCUCUGCAUUUGGUGGUUUUACCUACCAGACGGAAUUGCAGAAUGAAUACGCGUACUUACCUUCGGCGACGGGAUGCGUCCAACCUGCUGCAGCAGGAGGUAUUUUCUCUGCUGUUCAAGCUCAACCUCAGCCGAGCUACCACCCUCACAACACCGCUAGGCAUAACAUGGGGCCCCCAGCUGCCAGUAAUCCAUGGUCCAUCUUAGCUAACCCAACUGGUGCAUCCGGCCUGCAAGCCUCGGCCCAAGAUUACGGCAGUACAUUUGCACCUUCUGGUGGGGGAAAUGCUAGCGGUGGUGGUCUGCUACCGCACCCAGUACCGCCAGGUGGAUAUAAUGCGACUCAUGGUCCAGUUCAACUGCCGAUCUCCACUUCACCGAACUCCAGCUUUGUCGCUCACCAUAAUUACGUUGGUGUAAUCGGUGGGGGACGACCCAACGCGACCGACUUAUCGAACGUUUCUACUCGCCAACGAGGAGUUGUGCAGAGUAUUUUCCCAUCACACAAUAUUUCCCACUCACCAUCUGCCCAAAGCCAACCUCAGUUUCCGGUACACUCUGCAUUUUACCCUUCUUUAUCACCCUCCCACCACCAACGUCUUCAGCAGCUUCAACAGUUUACUGGUUCCCAGGGUAGACCGAAUGUGCACAGUUUGAUGAAUCCAGCCACUGGAUUGUAUGCUACUGCUUUCGGUACCGCACAACAGCCAAAUCAACCAACACCGCCACCCUUGCCGUCCCAGUUGGGCUACGCAAGUUUUACUUCUGAGUCUGCAGCUACUGUACCAAUAUCCUUUUAUUCAACCUCACAAUCACAGUCAACCGUCGGUCUACAACAUCAUAUUCAUAGUCAGCGACAAGCCCAAUCCUCUGUUCCCCACAUGGCAUCGCGCAACGUCGGGGCUGCGGCAAACCAUGGUGGGUCUCCAUUAUUGAUUCCCAGUGCUGUGGGCCCCUCUGCCUUCUCUGGCUACGGUCAGCCUACACCAUCGGCGGCGUUAUCUGGUUACCCAAUAAAACAUGUGCUUCCCACACUUUAACACUAGUAUUCUCAAAGGCACGUGUAAGUAAUGAAAGUUGUCCUCGCUGCUGCGCGUCGUAUUUGCCUCGAUUGCCUACGGCAUGCUGACUUGUAACAUUUCUCUAUCUGAUUUCGCUCUCUACCUUUUCUAUUUCCAUCUGUUAAGACUCCUUUGUGAUUUGCUUGUAUCUAUUCAAUCCAACCUACCAGCCAACUUACUGGUCGCCCGCCCCUUCACACGCUUCCUACCAUUUCAUCUUCGGACGUGGCGACUCAUUCGAACUCGAAAAAUGGCUUUGGCGUUUCUUCCCAUCUGCUUGUUCUCUGCUUUUCCUACAAUCCACUCUCCGCCUCGCUCUAUUUCGGCCGAAUUCAUUGAUUCCCUCAUGUUAAUCUGGUGCGAACGCCUUUUUUACUGUCGCCAGGCCUGGUUCAACGCGUUAGUCAUCAUUACCCCUUCGUCUCCACCGGAUGAUUUUAGGGGUCCUAUCUUCACAGACUGUAUUUUUAUCUUGGAUGUGCAUUUCUCUGCUUUACCAGUGAAAUACACUUUUCUCGUGAUACAUCAGAUCUGCGCUUGAUCGUGGUUCCCAACGGUUGCACAGUAGCUA